CGCGCAAAACGAUCAGACACGUCGAACAGAAGAUUGCAUACGUACGACGUGAGAAGUGCUGUUAAAUAUAUCGUGAAUUCUUGUGAAGUUCGAUGUCAAUUGAUGGAGUAAUAAGAUAGAAAAGCAUCACUGCGGAUUUCAACGAAUUGAUUGGUGCAACGUGCGGAUGUGUUGCAACUUGCCGGUGCAACGUCGGCAAAAAUAGGGUCUAGUGUUUAUCGUCGCGGUAGCGUGGAUUCACAACAAGUAAAAAGCGAAAGUGGCACCAGUCUCAUAUAUAUAUUUAGCAUGGAAGUCGCAUAUUUUACGGAAUUUCCGUUGAUCAAAGAGUAUCUCCCACCUUGCAACUGGCGCAUGCAACUUGCGACGCAUUUAUGCGCCGGUUAUGCAAUUUAGCAUGUUUCGCGAUUACAAACGCGAUUACAUCGUUUGUGAAUAAAUAACAAACAGUGAUAUGUUUAUGCUUACGUGUGUAUAUUUAUUUUUUAUGCGGUGAUAAACAUAUUAAUGCAUAUUUGGUGCAUAUAAAGAGAAUGAUGGGUACUAUAUAUAUAAUAGGACUUGUACUGUUAACAAGAACAGCAGCGGAGUGGAGUGUUGAUAUUCCGCCUGAUAUAACUGUACAUAUGAAUGAAAUGGUAUCAAUUCCAUUCAACAUACUUCCUGAGAAUGAUACCAGCUUGCCAUCAAAUUUAUCUGUGCCAGAAACUGUGCUAUUGACUAGUGCCAAUACUGACAUUGCAACAUUGGAUCUAUCGCUAAUGCAUAAUGAAACAUUAUUUUAUGGUACUUUAAAUCUCACUGGUGUAUUCCUUGGCAAAACAAAAUUGAUAUUAACUCUGGUGGAAAAUGGGAAUAAAAGUAGCAAAGAGAUUUCUAAUAUUAUUAUAAUACGACAAGAACGCCUCAUAGAUACCAUAUUUACUACCAGUGUUGUGUUACUUGUAUCUAUUUUAUAUAUUAAUUUCGGUUGUGCGAUGGAUUGGAGUGUGUGCCGCAAUACUUUAAAAAGGCCAAUAGGUCCUUCCAUAGGAUUUUUUUGUCAGUUUCUUAUCAUGCCCUUGUUAAGCUUUUUCAUUGGAUAUCUUUUAUUUCCUGAUCAUCCUGAACUGCAAAUAGGAUUGUUCUUCACAGGGAUAAGCCCAAGUGGUGGUGCUUCUAAUAUUUGGACAGUAUUACUUGAUGGCAAUCUAAGUCUCUCAAUCACAAUGACUACUAUAUGCACCAUUGCUGCAUUUGGAAUGAUGCCAUUUUGGAUCUUUACAUUGGGAAGAUAUAUUUUCGCACAAGCACAGAUCACAAUACCUUAUCGUCAAAUAGGUACUUUGGUGAUUGGUCCUGCGAUUCCACUACUUAUAGGAUUUUUCGUACAAAAAAAGCUUCCAAAAGUAUCAAGAACAUUAGUCAAAGUAAUGAAGCCUUUCUCCAUAAUUUUAAUUCUAUUUAUUGUUAUAUUUGCCAUUGUGACUAAUCUGUAUCUUUUCAAACUAUUCUCAUGGAAGAUCAUAAUUGCAGGAAUGGGCUUGCCCUGGCUGGGUUUUACAUUCGGUUUUGUGGUAGCGAAUAUCUUUAAGCAAUCCCAAUCCGAUAUACGGGCGAUAGCCAUUGAAACAGGUGUUCAAAACACCGGCGUAGCUAUCUUUUUAUUACGAUUUACAUUGAAGCCACCCGCGGAUGACCUAACUACUGUGGUUCCUGUGUCUACUGCAAUAAUGACACCAAUGCCAUUAAUAAUUUUAUAUAUUAUAAAAUUAAUUUAUCAAUAUAGGCAGAAAACACAAAGAAAAAUGACAGAUCCCAUUUCUUCAUCUGAAAAUCUCCAACAAACUACAGAUAUUUCUACCAUCGCGCAAUCAAAUGAAUCUAAAUUAAUUAACCAUGCAGAGUAAUAAUUCUUUAUAUCUGCGUUGAUAUAAAAAGAAAUUAUGUCUAUUUACAUAUUGCUGUUAAAAACUUAUAAUUAAGGAUAAAGUGGUGAUAUGUACUUUAGAAUCAUUAUAUUAUCUAGGUCACAUAAUUAAGGAAGGUAAUAUCUCUACCGUUGUUUAAAAUAAUUGAAAAUUAUAUUUUUUAUGCAGAUGCUAUUUAAUAGUUAUAAUUAAUAGCAAUUUAUUUAUAGAUAUAUGUAAAACAGGACAUUAUUUAGCGAACAAAAAUAUUUGUUAAAUAUUU